CCGAUACUGCCUAACGAUCAUCGACCGCUUCUCUCGCUGGCCAGAAGCUAUUCCAGUUCCUGAGAUGACUGCUCAAACCAUUGCCGAAGCUCUCGUUGCUGGGUGGAUUGCUCGUUUUGGAGUACCUACCUACAUCACCACCGACCAAGGGAGGCAGUUUGAGUCGUCUCUCUUCUCUCAGUUGGUUCACUUGCUGGGUACCAAACAUCUACGUACAACGGCGUACCAUCCCCAGUCAAACGGCCUGAUAGAACGGUGGCACAGGACCCUUAAAGCAUCGAUCAUGUGUCACGAAACCGAACGCUGGACUGAGUAUCUUCCAACGAUCCUGCUUGGUUUGCGUACCACAUACAAAGAAGACAUCGGAGCGUCGCCAGCAGAGAUGGUCUACGGGUCGACACUUCGCAUACCGUCAGAAUUUUUUGCCGACAGUCCCGUCAACAUUAACGAAAAUGAAUUCGUCGUCAACCUGCGAGAAGCCAUGCGUCAACAGCGCCCAACUGAUACUGCGUGGCACAGCAAUCAAAAUGUUUUCGUACAUCGGGAUCUCAACAGAUGUAAGCAGGUAUUCAUCCGCAACGACUCGGUGCGCCCGUCGUUGUCACCUCCAUACGAUGGUCCCUACGAGGUGGUGAAGCGAAGCAAUAAGCACUACACUGUUGCUGUUAAUGGGCGGAUUGUUAACGUUUCGAUCGACCGAUUGAAGCCAGCCUACACAACGAAUGAUGAGCCCAUUGCCACACACCCAGAUGCUACUAUUACCGCCGCACUACCACCGACUAGGUUCACUCGCUCUGGCCGACGCGUGGUCAUCCCAGACCGCUAUCGCUAGGACACCUAGUCUAGCAGGGGAGUACUGUAGCAUCAUCAUCGUCAUUAUCGUCGUUAUCAGCAGCACAC